AUGAUAACCUAUUUUUGGUUUUUUCUGGGCUUCACCUCAAGCCAAAUUUUUACAAUACCAAUUUUAUAUAGCAGAUAUAUACAUAAAAAAAAUGGUGACGACAGACCACCCGACCUCUCGACCCUAUUUCUUCAACACCAGCAGGCAACGGCCCAGUGUCGGAGAUUUAGGUGGAAAGGGGGGCGGUAAUCCUUUAUGUAUAGUCGGGCUGGGUUUUCCUCGGGGCCAGGGAGCUUAUCCCUGGACUUAUUUUUUUUCCUCCGGUACAACCAUUGGAAAGGACAAGGCCGGUGACGUCUGCUGGGCAAUAUGACCCUCAGACCAUGAAGAUGGUAUUUGUCCAACGAGAAACUGGGAGUUUCGACCCAGGUGGUUGGCCCUAAGGCUCCAGAAGCCAUGGAAGUCAAGACUGGUGCGCGAAGCCUCGCCUGCUGCGGCGGUGGGGAAGGGUGUCCGCCGGGAUCCCUCAGUGAUGAUGAGCGUGUAGGGGUGCAAAUCCCCGGCCCUUGCGAAAGCGAACGGCAUAAUCUAAUCUAAUCUAAUCUAUAUAGCAGAUAUACUGAUCCUUUGCUGGUUGAUUAUUUUGUGAAUACUUUAGACUGCUCAAUAAAUAGUAGGGUAGGCUGCAACUUAAAUUUGCCAUAUCAGUAUGAAGCUGUAGAGAUAUUUGAUGUUUAUGACUUAGAGAUAACUUUUGCAAAUUCAGAUUAUUUAUUUGUUUUUGAUGGAACUUUUUCUCUAACUCCCCCCUUCCGCGAGUGAGCAAAACCAUUGGAAAAAUCCCUAUUUUUCACCCAAAAAACCCACUCUCCGUUAGUGAACAAAAAUUUUUUGAUAUAUAAGUGAUAAUUAUUAUAAUGAAAUCUCGAGCUACUUCUGUUUAAUUUUUCAAAAAAUUGCGUUUUAAAACAUAAAUUUUUAUAAAUUAAUUAAUAUUUGCUUUCCAAUUUUUUGCGAAUUAGGAUUUUUUUAAAAUUCGAAAAAAAAAAAUUCUUAAAAAAAAAAUUAACUCCCCAAGCGAGCAAGAUUUUUUUGGUUCGCCCACAGAGGGGAGUAAGCAUGUACACGUUGGUAAGUCAAUAUGCAAUGGAAUAUGGAUUUAUACAUUUUAUUUAUGGAAAUGCACCAGAAAACGCUUUACCCUACGUAAUUUAUUCAGAUUUUCGUUUUAGUGUAUAUAGAGAUUUAGCAAUUGAUUUUGCCAAAAUUUAUGGAAUUAAAAAAGCAAUUGCUAUUAUUACUAGUGAUUUUAUCGAAAUGGAUUUUAAUAAUGAUAAAGGGGUCGAAAUUGUCGCUCAAUACACAAUUCCUGAAUCAGCUCCUUACGAAUACAUAUUUUCCCUUAUAUCAAAAGAAAUCAAGCCUUUAGGCAUUAAAUGAUUUUUCUUCGAAACAAAUUCAAAGACUUCUAAAUUAAUCCAAGAAGCAUUAGUUCAAGCUGAUAUGGACAAAGAAGGAUACACAUAUAUUUAUAUGCAAGAAGCUACUUGAAGUGCUUAUCUAAAAGGCUCAAUUUUACUAGAAGCAAAAUGAUACCAUAGCUAUAAUUUUUACGAUUAUAUUGAAAAAAUUAUAUAUUGAACCUCUGUUCUUCUAUAUGAGAUGAUAGCAAAUAACGAUAACCAAGGAUCUUACUCAGCAUAUGCUUUAAAUACUUUUGCACAGGAGACAUUUACCUUGGACAGAAUAGGAUACACAGUUUGAAAUAUCCAAAGCGAAGGAACCUUGACUCCAGUUGGGACAGUCCACGGAGGAGGUAUACAAAUUUUUGCACCAAUAAUGUUUCCUGGAGAAACCUUUAAAGUCCCGAAUAACGAAAAAAUAAAAAUUCCUAUAAGUAUAAAUGGGAUGAAUUCUGAAAGAAUUAAUGCUGUGAAUCAAUUAGGUGCAACUUUUGCCUUAGAAACAAUAAAAAAUGAGGGAAAAUUAUUGCCAAAUUUUAAUAUAUCGUUUAAUAAUAUCACUGAUUGUUUUUUUAGUGAUAAUUCGACUUAUGAUUGCUUUAAAAAUUACACAGAAGAUCUAGGCUAUUUUCAUAUUCCACCGGCAGAUUCUUCAGUAUCCUUAUCCACAAUAGAAACUUUCCAAUCCCUCAAUAUUACCACCCCAAUUAUAGGAGUAGAAACAUCAACAAUAAUGAAUAGUCUUGACUAUUAUCCUCAAUAUACAAGAGUCUCCUAUCCAAAUUCAAUUACAUCUUCAGCUGCUGCUUUAAUUUUAAGUAUUUUUAGCAUAUCUAAAUGCUCUUUGUUAUAUUCAGAUUCAAUAUGAGGGAAAGAAUUCAGCGAACAAUUUGAAAAUCAAACAGAGUCAUAUGGAAUACAAAUUUUGAAUAAAAUAAGGGCAGUUCCAUUAGGCUUUAAUGGGACUGAUAAAAGAGCAAUACAAGAAAUUGUUGACUUAAAAACGAGAUUUGUGAUUUUAGAAAUCCAGUGACCAGAUAUUUUGUAUGUAAUUGAAGCAUUUUAUGACUUAGGAAUGAGGGAGGGCGAUCUUAAUUUGAUUAUUGGUGAUGGUUCUAUAAGUGUUUCUGACUUGGACGAAAAAAGAAUAGGCACAGAUUCUUAUAUAAAAAGAAAAGAAAUUAUGAGUAGACUGCUUUAUUUUACCUACCCAACUUUCCAAAACCAGAUUGGGCUUGGCAUUAAAAAUAAUUUUUUAUCCCAAUAUGGUUUUGCAUAUGAUAAUAUGUGUUUAUUUUACGAUGCGACUUAUCUUGGGAUUUAUGCAAUAAACUCUUUGAUAACUAGAGGAAUCAAUGUAGAUAGCUCAUCAAUACAACAAACUAUAAGAGAUAUAAAAUUCACAGGCUGCUCAGGAUUAGUUCAAAUUACACAAGACGGAAAUAGUAGACUUACAACAGUCCUGGGAAUGUAUGCUUUAUCGCAAGUAAAUUAUGAAUGAAAAUUAAAUCUUCAAGGACUUUAUGAUCCAAGCCAACUUAUUGUGCUACAGCUUAAGCAGAGUUUUUCAAAUUCUAUUAAGGUUCCAAGUGAAAUCAUAGGAGAUGACCAAAAAUGCCCAUUUAAGGAAAGACAAGUUCGAUCAUUUUUAAAUGGCUAUAUCAUUUUAAUAGUUGUUGAAAUUAUUCCUAUAAUUAUUGGGACUAUUUUUGUGAUUAAAUUUUAUGCUUUAUUAGGCUAAAUUAUUCUUUUAUGCUUUUUAAUUAUUAUAAAUAAUUAAAUUUUCAGGUAUGGUAAUACAAUUUUAUUAUGAAUUCUUCUAUUGAAAAACUUAUUACAGUAGAAAAAGAAAAUUUCCUUGACUCUCUUUCUUAUGUUCUUAUGCUUAUUGAGUGUUUUCAAUAUAUGCACACAGGAAAGGAUAUCAAUAAUUUUCUACCCGAAUUAACAGAUAUUACAAAAUUAGUGAUUUUUAAUAUAACCGGCUGGAAUAAAAAAAAUUAUUUUAAUUUUUGAAACCAAGCACAAUUUUUCGAAAUAAUCGCAAUUGUCUGAUUUAUUUUAUUUUUAUGGAAAAAAAGAAAAAUAGGAGAAAACUCGAAAAGCUGCUUUAUUUUAGGGGUAAACGAAUCUAAUUUAUAUUUUUUACCUUUUAUUGGAGAUUCGCUGUUUCUGCCUAUUUGUUUGAAUUUAUUUCAAACUUUUCAAUGCACAAGCAGCAUUGGGGAUAGUUUUUACAAUAGCUUUCAUGACAGAAUUUGUUCAACUUUUUGCUGGCAGGGAGAGCAUAUUUACUAUGUUGUUAUUUCUUCUAUAGCAAUUUGCCUUUACAUGCCUACAAGUAUUUACUGUCGGCCUUUGUGGAAAAAUGACUUAUCUUUUCAUUUUCAAGAGCAGCCCUUUCACUUUGUUCUCAAAAGCUAUAUACAAAUGGUUUUUAUCAUCCUUCACACUAUCGUUUUGCCAGCUUCAGAGAUUAUUUUUAUUGGGUUAUGCAUUGGGUUAUUUUUUAUAUAUGUAGUAAUCACUAUAUAUAAGAAGCCAUUUAAUUAUGAAAGGGCUUCAAUGUGAUAUAUCAUUUUUUUGUCUUUUAGUCUUUUGUUUUGAAUUUGUUGUGGAAUCUCAAAAGGUGAUAAAAUUGCUGCGUUGGCUGUGCUAGUUGUAGGGUGGACAUUGCUUAUCAUAUUUGGAAUUUUUACCAUAUAGUAAUAAAAUGGCCUAAAGGAUAAUUCGCUCAUCAAAUUCUUUUUUUCUUAUCAUAUUUUUAUUUAGGCUUUUAUAUGUUGACUUCUGCAUAUGAGAAGAAAAUGACGGAAUCCGUCUGUCCUCACACCCUUUGUAUUUUUUGCCUUUAUCUUUUCCACUUCUGAUAUAAAGAACCAUCCUUGGGGCAGAACAGGUGCUGGAGGGAAGCCAGAGCGAGUCACGAGAGAGCAAACUGAGGUGAAAACCAGGGUUUGAGUUAAAAUUAACUAAUUAAUAUUAAGGAAUUUUUUAUCAAAAAAUGCGACUUCCAUCUCUUUUAAUUUCUGAAAGAGGCAUAGAUAUUUACCAUUUGUUUAGAUUUCAAUUAACAUCAAGCAGAAUAGAAGAUUCUGGGAUUACUAAUUUAUUUAAAUAUGCAUAUUCAAAACAAGAUCUAUGCCAAAAAGAAGAAGAGAUUAUAGUUAACAAAAUAAACGUAUCAGAAAAUAGUGAAUCAGAAAAUAAACAAUUAGCAAAAUCUGACGAAUGAAAAUGAUAUGGAAAUUCUGAGGAAAUACAAGUAAAAUUAGAGGAAUCAUAUGAAAAAAAUAAAGAAAGCAUCCAAUUUAUUGAUAAAGAAAAAGAAUUAAAUAAAGAGGAAAUAGAUGGAGAAAAUAAAGAAAAUUCAGAAUUAAGUAUACAUCUUACUAAUGAGGACGAAGCCAAUGAAAAUAAUUCAAAUUGAUCAGAAAGCAGCAUUUCCAAAGGCAUAUACCCAGCGAUAAGCCAAGUUAUAGACACAACCUGUUUGAAAUUUGAAUUUCUUGAUAAUAGAUACUGAAAUGAGAAAACUAUAUAA